AUGGAAGAUACAAUCCCAAAUUUAGCCCCGGACUCUCUACCUAUUACUUGUAUGAUAUGGAAUGUACAAGGUGCAGGUAGUAAACACUUUAUUUCAAAUUUGAAGGAUUUGGUUAAAAUUAAUAAACCAAAUGUUCUUGCUCUUGUUGAAACUCACAUGGGAGGAGAACAAGCUGUGAAGAUUGGCUCAAUCCUAGGGUAUGAUGGCCAUGUGCGAACUGAUGCUAUUGGAUUUAGUGGGGGAAUAUGGAUAUAUUGGAAGACGGAAGUUGUUACAAUAAGCCCCAUCAUUAAACACAAUCAGCACAUCUCUAUGGAAAUAACUCGAAUUGGAGAAAUUCCUUGGUACUUUACUGCUGUUUAUGCGAGUCCAGACCCAUCAAAGAGAAGAGAAUUAUGGAGUGAAUUGGAACAAUUUGCACAAAGUCAUGGGAAACCAUGGCUUUUGGCGGGAGACUUCAAUGAAACUCGCUUUCUAUCAGAGAGAAAUUCAUCAUGCAAUGAAACAAAUCGAAGGUCAGCAAUGUUCAAUGAUUGGAUUGAGGGAAUGGAUUUACUUGAAGUUGAGUUUUCGGGUGCUGCACAUACAUGGGCAAGAGGCAAAACCCCAUAA